UGAAUAAGUCUUUUUAUAGAUAACCUAUUACUAGAAAACGAUAUUUUCUACUUGAAUUUAUGAGUCAUUUUCCUCUAAACUCUUCUAUGAGAAUAAUAAUAAUGCACAUUUUCUUCUUUGCGGAGGCUUGUUCCGGGUGUUCUUCGGUUACAACAUCAGAAAGAAAGCAUCCAAAUAUUUCACAUUUCUAGUUCAUUCCAACGCACAUAGUUUCCCAAUGGAGGUGAAGAGAAGUUCCGAUGUUAUCGGGUUACCUUCGGGAUGGGUUCGAGAAGAAGUUGUACGAAAAUCUGGUCUAUCGGCAGGAAAAACUGAUGUUUAUUAUUACAGUCCUGAUGGCAUAAAGUGUCGCAGCAAACCACAGUUGGCAAGACUGGUAGGAGACAAUAUUGACCUCACCGCCUUCGAUUUCAGAUCUGGCAAGAUUUUACAAAGUUCACUACGUAAAAAUAAAAGAUUGAAGGGAGCAACAUUUGACUACACAAGAGGAGUGAGGCAUGAUGCUAGUCUAGUUUUACCAAUUCGCCAAACAGCUUCUAUAUUUAAGCAGCCUGUCACAGUGAAACGUAACCAUCCACAGUCAAAAACACGUACAGAUCUCAAACAUGGUCCACAGGACCAGCCAAAACAGUUAUUCUGGGAGAAACGCCUACAGGGCCUUAAUGCCAGUGACAUCACUGCAGAAGUGUUCCAAGUACUAGAUCUACCUAGGAGUAUUAAAGGUGUAGGCCCUAACCUGACAGAUGAGAAUCUUCUCCAAAGUGUAGCAGCUGCCCUUCAUCUAAGUAAUCAGCCCCUCACAGGACAACAGGCCACUAAAGCUCUCAUGGACAAGAACCCAGGUGUAAAUAUCAACACUGAUCAACCUUUAAUUCAGGCAUUGGUUGUAACAGACGAAGAUAUCCGUCGUCAAGAACGUCGUGGUGCAAUAGGUGACAGAGAUGUUGAAAAGAAAGUGCAAGCAUCAUACAAGUAUGGGAAGCUGAAGAGUACAAACAACAUAGGGAGACUACAAACAACAUAG